AUUGCGAAUGUCCGUGCCCCGUUUCCGAUUCCGCUGCACGUUUCCGUGAUGGAAUAUGUACAUGUGAAAAGAAGCAAAAACAACACUGUCGGUGAGGCGUCACUCCGCCAUUCGUUAUGCAAUUCUCUCGCAAAAUAACAAUACCCAACAAAAGUCGAAUAAAUUGAACAAAUAAAGCCGAAACUUUGGUAGAAAGCGGCACGUAAACUCUGACAGCAAUGGGAAACCAAGGAGUCGCUUUAAAAGCCGCAACCAAUUCAUUAGCCAGCCAGUGUUGAUAAGCCAAAGAACCCUAUAUUAAUUGAAAACCCUUGCCAAAUGGUUGGGAACUUACUCUAGGCCCACUUUGUAUGAAAUAUUAUACCAAUGCGGUUGAUAUAUUUAAGCCUAUUGCUGACUGUUCUACUUUUUGUAGUGCGUUUUACUAAUGGAGCUAAAUUAGGGCCGACUUUUCAAAGGGCCACAGUGAAGCCUUUGAUAUCUUCAUUUGAAGUAAAAAAGUGCCCCAAAGUUAAGACCCUGAAGCAUGUAAAUAAAAGAAGAUUAUUAGGAGUCUGGUUCGCCUAUGCUACAACACCUCUGGACCUACCCGUCUACCAGCGACGUUGUGCCUCAUACAAUGUGCAAAACAGUCCUUACUUUAACACCAAUAUCUUGUUUACGGACUACAAGCAUUUCGUUAUAACCUAUGCAUGCACACGCAAUGAUCAGACCAUGAUGUACAAUGUUAAAUUGCGCAUUCUAACCCGCACGCGCACUCCACUGUUAGACAACUUAAACAAGGCCCUGUUUUACCUAGAGUCAAUCGCAUUUCCAAGCGAAAAACUUGAGUUUCUCAAGGCGGAAGCGUUUUGUUUCGAGUGGUACAUAUUGAACUACCACGUUAAACCCAGACCGGGACGACACAAUGCCCCAACGAACUUCGUUUGGGAUCAUUGAUGAUGUUGACGAUGACAGCGUGAAUUAAUUGCAUAACUAUCGCUAAUUAUUACAACAUAAUCAAUGAUUCAAGGAGCUGCGGCGAUGGAAAGGAAAUCGUAUAACUUAAUUAGUUUGAGUUGGCCCAACCAAAAUCAAUUACCAACGACAGUUUCACUCGACUGAUUGGGCCCGGUCCUUCAAGGAACCCAAUUGUGCUGAUUCCCGUGUCCUUGUUCCCGAAACCCACUUGUAUGCAUACAUAUAUCGACACAGUAAAAAAUAACUAAGGACUUGAAAUAUGUGAAAAUUAAAAAAUAUUAUGGGAUAUAUUUUCUUUGGCGAUAUACCGAUUUAAAGUUAA